AUGGCCGAGGAGAUUUCACUGUCGUUGGAGGAGACUAACAAGCUACGAAUUCAGUUAGGUUUAAAACCAAUUGUGCAAUCUGGAUCCGGGGCUACAAAUGGUAACAAACAGAAAUUACCUGAGUCACAAAUUGAACAGGAGAAUAAAAAUAUAAAAUUCAUAGAUAAAAAUAAAAUUAAUAAUAUCAGAAAACGUUUAAACAAAGUAUCACAACGAAUAAUACUCGACUCAAACGAGGAACCUCAUACAAAUGGAGGGUGGUUAAACAAAGUCGGAACUCAAAACAGAAAACAUGCUGUUAAUAUAUCAUUCGAUGAGGAAGUGGAAGAUGAUGAAGAUGCAACUAUGCCUAUAUUGAAAUUGUCACACAAACUUGGUGAACUGCAAAAGGGGAAGGAUAUUAUUCUAACAUUGAAAGAUAAAAAUAUAAAUGAUGAUAAAUCUGACGAUGAUGUUUUGGAGGAUGAAACUUUAUCUACAUUUAAAGAAAACAGCAAAAAUUUGAAAUUAAAGGAUAUGAACAAAGAAAGGAGGCGAAAGAAAUAUAGUUUGAAUGUGUCAAGCAAAGAUCUGGAGGAUCAUCACUCAGAUAUGGAAGAACCAGGUUCCAUUUUAAGGAUAAACGCUAUUACUACUGCUUCUGCAGAAAUCGAAGACGAAAAACGCAUAUCAGAUAAUGAUGAACACACCAAUAAAAUAAAAGUCCGAUUUUCAGAUAAUGAGAGUGAUGAUGAGCCUGAUAGUGGUGACUUCAAGGUUGCAAAGAUAAAAAAGAGAAAAAUUAAGGAUGGUAGAUCCAUAAAGAAAAGGAGGAAGGUUGAGCUUCCUUUGUCUAUAAAGGGAGUUAUACUUGAAGAUGAGGACGGUGAUGAAGAUGAUAUCUUAAACAUAAAAGUAAAUAACACAACUGGCAACCGUAAGGAGGAACAGUUUAAGCCAACAGAUGAUAUUACUUAUAAUAUUAAAAAGGAGGCCUUAGAAAAUAGGAGGAGAGAGAUGGAGGUUAGAAAACUUCGUGAUAAUAAUAAAUCUUCAUCAAAAAGUGAUGCUUUAGUUAUUGAUGAGUCGGCUAGUUUUUUGUCCAAUUUGAAUUCAAAAUUAAUUGUAUAUGAUGAAGAUAAAGAAUCAACAAAUGCAGGAAGCAUAUUUGAAGAAGAUAAGCUGCAGAAAACCACACCAGACGAUUAUUUAGGCCCCACCUCGUCCUCUAUUACUGAUGAUAAGAACCAAAAUGAUACUAAUAAUAAUCAAGGACUUACUUUUUCAAGUGGUUUGGCGACAACUUUACAUUUUCUUCAAGAUAGAAAAAUUUUACCUAAGAAAGAUGAUAUUAACAAUGAUGUUAACAAUUCUUCCAAUGAUGAACCACUAAAGUUAAAGAAAAAGAUCGAACAAAGAAAGUUAGAUGAAGAAAGAGAAAACAAAGACGAUGCUGACGCGUCGAUCCAGAAGGGUAAACGUGUGGUUUCCAGCAUACAAAGUCAGUUAUUAAAGGAUUAUAAUCCAGAGAUUAAUCUUGUAUAUAAAGAUGAUAAUGGAAAUGAAUUGACGACAAAGGAGGCAUAUAAAAAAUUAUCACAACGAUUCCAUGGGACUAAAAGCAACAAGCGGAAACAGGCAAAGUUUAAUGAGCGUGUUCAACAAAGAAAUAAGCAGAAAGGAUCUGCAAUGCAGUCCAACUUUUUUGAGUCCUUGCUUAAUAAGAAAGAAGGAGCUUGA